UGCACAGGAUGGGUGGGGUAAAAAAGGUGAAGUCUCCCACUGGGAUACAUGCACAGGCACGAAACUGGCUUGAAUGGAAUCUGUUGCCUCUAACACCGAAGAGAAAAUUCACAAAACAGAUUACCAGCCGAACCCAAAGGACGGAUUUGACUGCUGGUCUAAUCCAGGAUGGAAACAGCAAGUGGUGCCUCAAAAUUUUUGGAGAAGGGACCAGAAUACCUUCGAAAGCAAAUGGAACUGGAGAGCGAGACGAAAGGAAGCUUGAGUGCAGUGGAGAGGCUCGCGGCGAGCAAACCAAAAUAUGUGAAGAGCCAACAAGUGGUGAACUCUGUUCAGGAGCCAGUGAUCAGUUUAGGAUCAGCAUCGGUGAGCAGCACGGGGUCUUCAAAGGAGAACUCGUGCAGGCCUGUCACACCAAAUACCUCAGCAGAGGCUUCAACCAUGACCCAGAGCCCUGAAAAUGGACAGAUAAAUGGGUCCAGUUCCAAAAAACGACCAGACUCUCUUCUACUUUACAGGCAGAAAUGUGAGUUACUGAAAAGAUCAACAAAUUAUAGGAAACGCAACACAAAACGUAGGCUGCCGGUCAGUUCUGUGCAUAAGGACAAUCCACUCUCUGAGGUCACGGAAAAGGAAUGUGUGCCUGAUGGCGAUGAGGAGAAAAUCACAGCACUGGAGGAAAAGGAAUGUAGUGCAAAUGAAGUAACUUCUCAAAGUGAGAAGUCACCUUUGCAAAUGAAGCCACAGAGUGGAGAAGCAGACCAACUCGGAGCAGAAGAGAGUCCUUCCCCAACAAAGGUGGCAGGUGUCGCUGCGAAGAAACCUGAUCACCCAACGGUUACGGAAUUCCAAAGGAAGACUGGCAGAGGUGUCAGUCGUUCUCACUCUGAUAUCAGCUCGCGGUACUCAAAACACUUUGCGGAUUUUGAUGCUUUUUUCAAGUACUGCGGCCUGGACGGUGAAGUUAUUGAAAGUCUUGGGAGGGAGAACUUCUCAGCACGCUCUGAUGAACUUGCCAUGAAAAUCCGAAGUGUCAGCAUUUCUACUUCAGACGGCGGCUUUUCCCACAACAGUCAUGACAGCGCUGGGCUACUGGAAGAAGAACUUCAUGAAAAUAUACAUCAGGGUACUUCAGUUAUUGAGCGUAAUGCACGGAUAAUCAAAUGGCUGUACAGUUGCAAAAAUGCUAAAGAAACUGGGAAAAAGUUGAGAGACCUUAACUGAGAUGCUCAACAGAUGUUUGUGUUUCUUUGUGUGUGCUUGAUGCCACCAACACAGAAGCAGUUUGGCCAGAACAUUUCUGAACAAAUUUCUAUAUGUUUCAAUAGAAUUCUGUGUAACUUUGCAAAAGGUGGCAAAAUACUGAACUUAUUUGGAAGCUGGGCUUGAGGUUGUCCAGAUAUGACCUUGACUCACCCUGAGCCAAUUCUGACAUUCAAGGACAAGCAUGGUUAUUUGGUCCAAAGAUUCAUUGCUAUUUCAGUAGCUUACCUUUCGUAGUUAUCAUGUCGCUGGUUAAGAAACAGAUUUUUUUUUUUUUUUUAGCUUACUUGUGAAUAAUAACUCAUUCUCAUGUUUACUGGGUCGCACUGGGAAAAAAGUGUGUUCAUAUUGUGGCAGCUAGGGUGCCAUACAAAUACUGCAAAGUUACAGAAAAUAACUAUCAAGUUACAGGUUUUUUUCCAUGCUAUUUUACAUUUUGAGACAUACAUUUGUAUGUUUUUGUAAUUUUAUUGACUUUUAUGUAUUUUUAAGAUAUAGGAAACAUUUGAUACAAAGUAAAAAAUAAUAUUUUUUUUCAGUGCAUGUUGGACAGGUUGACAGUCUAAUAUUAGGUUUACAAUAAGUGAACAUUGCUGUGUGACUGAAAGACUGGAGACCAGUGUAAGCAUUUAUUUGUUUUUUUAUUUUAAAAAUCUGUAACUGUGCACACAGCUUCAGAGGAGAAUCAAUCCUAUUUUACUAUUUCAAUGGCAAAGAGUGGACACACCAAAUAUGGAGUCAACUUUGCGUUUCUAUUUCAUUUUUUGUUUUUACACAUUAUUCAUUGAUCAUUCAUGUCUUUUCAUAGCAUUAUUUUUGAAAGUAUCCACAAUGCCACAAGUGUCUGAGAUGUCUGCAAAAUGUUUAUAUAUAUAUGUAUGAAUAAUGUUGAUAAUGUCAUGUGUUUCUUAUGUGUACAGUGUCACGUGGAAUUACCAUGCAACAGAAAUUAACUAGCCAAUAUUGUUUGGUUUCUAAUUCCAUAACUGCAAACAAAAUGGUUUGAUUCUACUGUGUUCUGUCCAGUGAAGCAAGAAUACAUAUAAUCUUCUUUUAAAGGUUUAAAUCCAGUGACCUGUUGUAUCUGUAUUUUAGACUGUUUGAACUUUGUUGCCCACUUUCUCUUCCUUUGUUAGUUUCAUUAUAAUUCUGAUCAAAGUGUAGAAGCCAUAAGAUAAUUGGGAAGAUAUAAGGAAAGGAAUUAUUUGGUUCAUGUCUGGCACUCAUACAGAAAGCUGUCAUAUCUGAGUGCAUGAGCAGACAGCAUGCUGCAGACACACCUUUGAGAGCGACUCUUGCACUCACAGACAAGUCACAUCCUGCUCUCUCCAGGUGUUUGCCACAGAGAAUUUUCUGCAUGUUUUCAGAUGAAAAUCUGCAAAGUGCAUGUAAUAAAAUGUGCUUUUAUUCUC